UUACUUAAUAUCUUUUCAGACAUCUUGUUUCUGCUUCUCAAGAUGGUAAACUUAUAGUAUGGGACUCAUAUUCAACAAAUAAAGUUCAUGCCAUCCCAUUAAGAUCAAGUUGGGUAAUGACUUGUGCCUAUGCACCAUCAGGUAGCUAUGUCGCUUGUGGUGGUUUGGACAAUAUUUGUUCGAUCUAUAGUUUAAAAACUAGAGAGGGAAAUGUACGAGUUAGCAGAGAGCUACCUGGCCAUACAGGUUAUCUGUCUUGUUGCCGUUUUCUAGACGAUAAUCAAAUAGUCACAAGCUCUGGUGAUAUGACCUGUGCACUUUGGGAUAUAGAAACUGGUCAGCAAUGUACAUCAUUUACUGGACAUACUGGUGAUGUAAUGUCUUUAUCUGUAGCUCCAGAUUUGAGAACAUUCGUUUCAGGAGCCUGUGAUGCUGCUGCAAAGCUUUGGGACAUCAGAGAUGGAAUGUGCAAGCAAACAUUUCCUGGUCAUGAAUCUGAUAUCAAUGCAGUGACAUUCUUUCCAAAUGGCUAUGCCUUUGCAACUGGUUCAGAUGAUGCAACAUGCCGUUUAUUUGAUAUACGAGCUGACCAAGAACUAGGAAUGUAUUCCCACGAUAACAUUAUCUGUGGCAUCACAUCAGUAGCAUUUUCAAAAAGUGGUAGGCUUCUUCUUGCUGGAUAUGACGAUUUUAAUUGUAAUGUCUGGGAUUCUAUGAAAGCUGAAAGAGCAGGAGUAUUAGCUGGUCAUGAUAAUAGAGUGAGUUGCUUGGGAGUCACAGAAGAUGGAAUGGCUGUAGCUACAGGUUCUUGGGAUAGCUUCCUAAAGAUAUGGAAUUGAAAUGGACGUCUUGAGCACCUGCCACCAUUUUGCCAGAUUGCUCUGCACACCAAAUGGAUAAUUGGAGUUUUGGAAGCACAAGAUUAACUGGUGACACAGGACCAAUGCUUGUUCUUUAUUUUCUUUGCUUUGCUUUUUUGCAACUUCUUUUUACAAAAAACAAAGAACUUUAUUUACUUUCACCAGAAACAAUUAUAUUGAUUCUGGCAGCUGAAUAUCUCAAUGCAUCAACAAUUUGCCUUAUGUCUAAACCAUGUAACUACUUAUUACAAGCAUUUAAUAUCAAAAAUUAAAAAUUUUGCCAGUGUGUGCCUGGCUAAACAUGUCUGACUGCCUGUAAAAAAAAACAAAAGUUAUCUUCCUAUUUCUAGUCAUAUAAGAACAGAUUUCCGUUUGUUAUAAAUUAUAUCAAAUACAGAAAAUGUAAUUGAACAAAACUAAAAUUUGAAUUACAAUAGAAACAUUAUCUAGUUGAUCAAAAGAAAAAUUAAAAUCUCUGUAUUAUUGUAAAGGAAAAAAUCACAAUUUACAACAGGAUUUAUUUGUUGGAUUGGUCAAAAAUAAGAACAAACUUAUUUCUAACCUAUCUUAGUCAGGAGGAAAAACAAACAAAGAAAUACGGCUUUUACAUAAGGCGUCACAUUGAAUUUUUAAAAUGAUUUGUAAAGAAUUUUGCCCAUAUCUUUCCCGCUUUGUCACAACUAUAAAUUACAUAGUCCUUACCACUUUCAAAAUUCAUAAGAAUAUGGAUUUAAAAAUCUAUGAUGAAUUUGUGUAAAUAAUGUUGUAAUUAUGUAAGCAGUUACUGAAAAAAUAUAUAUAUAUCAAAAUGUUCUUAUCUUUAGUUACCAUUUUGUGCAAAAGUUACAUAAAACAUUUAAAUUUUGGGACCAUAGAUGAAUUUCAAAGAAUUUUUUUUUUUUCAUAUUAUCUUGAUGCAUCCUAUUAAAAUAAUUCAGACAUAUGACUUUUUUCCAAAAUUAAAUUGCACUCUCUUAUUUUGAUUACCAACUGCUCUUAAAGUCAUAUGCUUUAUUAUUUUAUGGAUUUCAAGCUGUUUGGAACUAAUAUGAUAGGAAAGAGAACAUCUUAAGUAUAAAUUUAUAAUUUUCUUGGGGCAAACAUUUUUGGAAACAACUGUAACCAAAUUCAGUUUUGUCUUCUACACGAAUAUCAUCCCAAAAUGUGCUACACUAAAAACAACAAAAAACUUUCAAACCAAAGUUGCACAUUUUCUCUUUUGUCUGUCACUUUUAUGUGUUAUUUGCAUUUCAUAAUGUGGCAGAUGAUUUCAAAUGUUUGUAGAACUGGUAUUAUUGUGUGUGUAGAUACUAGAGCAAAUGAGAAAAUUAUCCAAAAAAUUGUUUCUGAAGAAAGUCAUUUGCAUUUCUGUAUAUUGUACCAUUUUUAAAAAAAACAAAAAAAAACAGAAAAGAAAAAAGUAGCCUUGGCUUUAAAGCGCCUCGCUACGAAUUUCUACAUUUCUAUUAUUCAUGCAUUCCUUGAGGGAAAAGUGUGCUCUAUCGACCCGACAGUGUAUCGAAUUUAUCACCAGUCAAUCUCGACGUUCAGUGAUUCGGAACAUUCAUUUUCACUAAGUGGAUCGUGCUUUACACUGUUGAGUAUACAAAAAACAAAGUGUAGUAGGCUGCAUCAGGCCUAUGCCAAUAAUGAUAGUCAUAAGGUUUUAUUGUGGAAAAGCUGAUACCUAAUGUAACUCCAAGUCUUUGUUAGUGAACUGCCUUUGUGUAAUUUAUCUUGUCUAAUAAAUUUGUUUCCCAAAUCUGA